UAUGGACGUGCCGCGCCUGCCGUCCCCGCCGCAGGAGAAGGGUCCCCCCGAGGUGCUGGUGCUGAGCCGCCCGCCGCUCGCCCGCUCCUCGCCCGCCUACUGCACCAGCAGCUCGGACCUGACCGAGCCCGAGGGCGGCCGCGGGGGCGCGCUGGGGGUCGGCAAGAGCGUCUCCAUGCUGGACCUGCAGGACGGACGCGUGGACAGCAUCCCCAGCCUGCCGGCCGAGCUGCUGGCCGGGGGCGCGGCGCCGGGGGGCGCGGGCCAGGGGGGGCUGCGGCCCGGGCGGCUGUCGCAGGGCAGCGCCUCCAGCCUGGCCCCGCCGCGCCUCGGCGUGCCCGAGCCCGGCGGCCCGCAGCUGCGGGUGCCGCUCUCCUUCCAGAACCCGCUCUUCCACCUGGCCGCCGACGGGC